UAAUUAUAUUAUAUAAAGUAUUUUUUCCGUAAUUACUCAUAAAGAAACAUGCAGCGAAUUAUUUCACUAGCUAAAACGGUAAUAACAACUCAAAUUCCAAGAAGUUUUAAUACAUUGACUACUAAUUCAAGCAUAUUACAAAAUGUAACAAAAGAAAAACUACUACCAACAAAUCUGCCACUAAUAAAUCAAGUUUGCGGUUUUAAAGUAAAAGGACUUGUAAGACGUCGUUGUAAAUCCUGCUACUUUGUAUCUAGACAAGAGAGACUUUAUAUUAUUUGUCCAGCGCAUCCUAGACAUAAACAGAUGGCAAGGAAACCAAAACCUCUAAAUACUUAUAUAUUAACUCAUGCUAGCCAAAGUAAAGUAAGGCCAUGGUAAUAAAGUAAAAUAUACAAUAUAAUAUAGAUUAAAAUAGGUUCUAAAAAUAUAUAUGGAGAAGUGCUUAGGAAAUAAAUAAUUAUUAAAAUGUACUUGACUUUUAAUCCAUAUCUUAACAAUAAAUAAAUAAUCAUUUUUUUUUAAUAAGUUUCACUUGUGGAAUUAUUUGUCAGCAUCUUUAGAUGUUAAUUUUAACCUUUCGCAGUAUUAAUAUUGUUAUUUUUCAAGAAAUAUAGAAUCAUAUUAUUAAGAAAAUUAUGUAAUGUAAUAGAUGUUGUAUCUGAAAGGAAAAAUUGGGUCUUGGAAACAUGGAAAGUUUUAUUAUAUUGAUUCUAAAAUAAAAAAAUUAAGUG